AAUCAAAGAACGCGUUGCCCCUGUCUCGACUUCCGACUUGAAGAGCGAAAAGAACAAAGAAACUUGAACCUUUUCAUCUUCAACUUUCCCUAAGCGACAACCUACGAACGACAAUCGACAAUCGACAAUCGACAAACGACCAACGUUUCCACCUCAUCUCAUCGCUAUGUACUAACAACUAGGUAGAAACUGCCCACAAUGACGGAUAUAGCAGUCGGGCAGGCAAUUCUGCUAAGCGACGGUCGCAAUGGCUUUGUUCGCUAUGUUGGACAAACUCAUUUCGCGCCAGGAGAUUGGGUGGGUGUUGAGCUUGACGAUGACAGCGGGAAAAACGAUGGAGCUGUACAAGGAGAAAGGUAUUUCGACUGCACUCCCGGGAGGGGAAUGUUUGUCCGUCCUAGUACCGUUACUAUUUUACGGGCUGCGCCUGCGCCCACGCCUACUCCUAAGCCGGCCCCUGUUCGAAGAGGGUCUCGGACUACGUCCAUUGCUGGUCGGGCUGGCUCCAUAAGUGAAUCUACAGUAGGAAAACGGAUGAGUUUGAAUGCUCCGAGCCCUAGUCCGGUACCUAGAACUUCUCGUCCUUCUUCUAUGGUGAGGUCUCCUACUAAGUCGCCUACUAAGCAGCUAGGAACGGCCGGUACUAUUUCUCGGACAGGAACACCCUCGAACACUCGCGUAUCGUCCAUGGGAGCCAAGACUCGGCCUUCGGUAGGAGGGAGUAGGACCUCGAUGGGUCCACCAGCCUUGCCUGCUGCCGGGCCCAGAAGACAGCCAUCAACCUCGUCUACCGGAAGGGGUGCGAGUGGAUUUACUCGGCCCCCUAAUCCACGCGUUUCCACAGGACCUGCUCGCGGAUCUCGCUCGAACUCGGGGAGGGUACGAUCAGGUGAUUCGUUAUCUGGCAAUUCAAGUGGUAAUAGAUCGGGCCUAGAUUCUCCCCUUAAGAGCGAUGGAGAAAACACGAUCAGCCCUGUUCGUUCCAGAACUAGAGCUCUAGAGAGACUUACGUCGGCAGGACCACCUUCAACGGCAUCUACAAAACCAACAGCAAGCGCAUCAUCCAAAACGGCUUCCACUCCAGCAUCUGCGCGUCCAGUUGCUUCUAAUGCAGUAAGUAGAGAAAAUGAGGAUCUAAAAGCAAAACUAAAGGUCCUUGAGCGAAAGCGUUCGGAAGAUCGGGAGAAGAUGAAGGAGAUGGAGAGGCUACAAGAGCAACGAGACAAAUUCGAAAAUAUCAACAAGAAGAUCGAGGGAAAGUUUCAGGCUACUGCGCAGGAGAAUGUUAGUCUGCGAAAGCAGUUGAAAGAAGCAGAAGACCGAUUGGGACAGAUCGAGACUUUACAAGCCGAGCACGAGACCGUCAUGGAGCUCGCCACGUUAGACCGAGAGAUGGCUGAGGAAACCGCUGAAGUCUACAAGGCUGAGCUCGAGGCUCUCAAGCAGAAGUCAGAAGAGCUCGAACUUGAAGUCGAGAUUUUGCGCGAGGAGAAUGCAGAAUACUCCAAGGGUAUGUCUCCUGAAGAACAAGCGAGCACAGGGUGGCUACAGAUGGAACGCCACAAUGAGCGGCUACGCGAAGCACUAAUUAGACUGCGGGACCUCACGCAACAACAAGAAGAAGAAUCAAGAGCACAGAUCAAGGCGUUGGAGAAGGACCUUGAAGAAUACGACGCUAUCAAGGAACAAUAUGAGAUCGCCAAGGAGAAGCUGUUAGAGUCAGAGACGCGUGCUGAAGACCUCCGACAACAGCUCGAUGAUAACUUGGGCGCAGAGGCCAUGAUUGAACAGCUCAGCUAUGAAAAAUUACAACAGUCCGAACAUAUUAAUGAAUUGAAGGCCGUGAUAGAUGACCUCGAGGCACUCAAAGAAAUCAACGACGAGCUCGAAGUCAACCAUGUCCAGAAUGAAAAGGAAAUGCAAGAGGAACUCGAUCUCAAGGACAGUGCUAUUACCGAACAAGCGAAGAGAAUUACCGAGAAGGACGAAACUAUUGGAGACAUGGAGUACACCUUGUCUCGAUUCCGGGAGCUUGUUACAAACUUGCAGACCGAUCUCGAGGACAUUCGUGCAUCUCACGCUGUUAACGAGGCUGAAUCUGAGCAGCUUAAUAGCAAGUCAAGAGCCAUGAUGGAUCUCAACCAGAAACUCCAGAUCUCGGCCGCGAAGACACAAGUCAAGACUAUCGACUUAGAACUACAGCGCAUGGAUGCCCAAGAAGCACAGCAGCAUCUCCAAAUCAUCAAGUUGUUCUUACCUGAGAGCUACAAUGUUGAUAAAGAUUCCGUCUUGGCAUUGCUACGCUUCAGUCGGUUGGCUUUCAAGGCGAAUUUGUUGCAUGGAUUUGUCAAGGAGCGCAUCAAUGGACAAGCACACCCUGGCCAUGAAGAUGACUUGUUUGCUGGCUGUGACGCCUCGGACAAGUUAACCUGGGUGUCAUCUAUGUGUGAUCGCUUCGUCAACGCCAUCAGCCAUUGCUCACUAGAAGAAUUUGCCAAGUUCGAGGGAGCAUUGUACGAGUUAGAGCCUGUGGAGAGAGCCCUCAAUGCCUGGAUUGAUGGAUUACGACGUGAUGAACUAAAGGAGAAGCAAUGUGCUAGUGAACUACAGCGCACCAUUGCUCUCAUGACCCACCUUGGCGAAGUCCACAUCUCCCAAGGCCUCGAAAGCUUCGCAGACGAGAUACAGAUGAAGACCGUCCUCAUGCAGAGCCAACUAGAGUCCGCUGCUACCGCUUUCAAUGUCGUUAAGGAUAUGGUGCAGAGAGUUAUCCCAUCUACCGGCGAUGAAGAUGAGCAUGCUCUACACUUUACUAGGAAAUCUGAAGCUGUGAUCACUCAGACCCGCAGUGCCAAGGUUGUUGUAAGCAAGGCCGUGCGGUCUCUAGAAGAUCUCCGAGCCAGAUCGCUAGCCUUAACCCCUGAUACCACGGAGGCUUUUGAGCAGUGCGAAGCCGCUUGUCAAGAACUGGCGGACAUGUCUCGGAAGAUUGGUGUGGACUUGCACGCGCUACUCAGCGAAGAAGGCCGUGCCGAACCGUUCACGUACCCCGAAGUACAGAAUGCGGUUCACCGUACAGUGAUGACCGACUUCUCGGCCGACGAGUCCGACCUCUUCUCAACCUACUUAUCUAAACUCCGCGUGUUCACCAGCCAGAUCACUGAUCUCACGGCUGUGUGUGGUGAUUUGUCACAGACGCAAGAAUUUGAACGCAGCGUGGCACCUUGGAUUCUACGAGCACAAGAGCUCAGGGCUCUCAAGACGAUCCCAGUUGAUGCUGAAGAAGAGCUGCGAUUACUCAAGGAGCACUACAACGAAGCUCGUCGUACCAUUGCUCUACGCGACGAGAAUCUCAGCACAGCUGCUCUCCGUAUCGAGACGCUUGAGGCCCGCAUGCGUGACGCCAACGCCAAGACAUCUCGAAUCGCAGAUCUUGAGGUGCAAAUUGCUGACGCACAGGAACUUGUGUCAAGCCUCAAGAAGGACAUUGAGCAGCAAGACCGCGAGGCAAAGACCCUCGAGGCCGAUCGCGACAAGUGGAAGAAGAUUGCCGGUGAUAGCAGGGCAUUUGGUGAGGAAACCAACGCAGCCGGAGCCAAGGCGGGCCAGGAACGCGCAGUGGCCACGGCACGCGAGAUGGACGCCCUCAAGGACAAUAUCGCCAGUCUGCAAGCAGCAGUCCGUCACCUACGCGAAGACAACCGUCGCGCACGCGCCACGGAACAGGCCAAGUACGAUUGGCUUGCAGAACCCCUACGAAAACCUGUUCCGGUCAUGGAACAGCGCAAGGCACUUGUGGCAGCCGAAGGCAAGGACGCCCUCGGCGAGCUCCUGCGCCUGGCAACCUCUGCCAAGGUAUACGACCUCAGCUCGCUACCCAAGGACAAGAUGGCGUGGCGACCGGCCAAAGCAACGCCGCAAUACCACGCCGCCAAACAGGUCGAGGACUACGCCGCGUGGCGCAGCUGGCAGGACGCCGUCGUGCAGAAGACCAGACUCGUGCUAAGCGCCGAGCAAGGACGCAAGAGACACGGAGACGCCGAGCACGAGAAGAGCAUGGUGAUGCGGCGGGCGGCGGCGCGGCUAAGGAUUCGGCUACCGGACGAGCAAGGCAAAGCCAUUGCCGGGGAAGGCGGAAGACAGGUGCAGAUUGUGGGGUCCAGGGAGUGGGAGGGGCUACAGGGGAGACUCGCCAUGGCUGUGUAGUACCUAGUAGUUUGGAAAGAAAAGAAGAAAAGAUAUUGAUUGUACAGUUACUCAAAAAGGGCAAAGAGAGGGUGGUGACGAUGAUAAUAUUUUCUACCUACGCCUCUUGGUUGAAUUGGAGACUCUGACUCGCGUGGUUAGCAAGCAAGCAAACAAGCGAGUGGAAAACGAGAGGAGAGGGGAGAUGGGGUGGUGUGUGUUGUGAUGUUGAUGUGUUGACGUUGACGUUGGUGUGAUGAAGAGAUAGAUACCCCCUUUUAACGUUAUCGUGUAGGACAGUACCGUACAGUACCGUACAGUAGU